UUUUUAAUUUUUUUUUCUUUCUUCAGGACAUGCCCCUGCCCCAGUGAAGACAUCUUCGGAGAAACGCCCUAGCUCUCUUGAAUUAGGGUUAGGGUUUGGUUCUUCGGUUCGAAGAUCUCCCGAGAAUUCUAAGCAUCAAUCCGAAUGUUUUUUUUCUGACAUAGGAUUGAUCGAUUUGGGGGCGAGAGAGAGAUCGAGAGAUGGUUGGCGAUAACCUCAGAUUGAAGCCUUAUUCGGGGGCGAUCAGCAUCGCGGCCAGCGCGCGGAGGAUCGAUGUGGACAAUCGGUUCUCCCUUCGGUUGUAUUACAGGAUUGCUGAUAAUCUCAUCAAGCAGGCUAACAUCUAUCGAGAUGAGAAUAAUAUCAUUGAUCUGUAUAUUAUGCUUCUGCGGUUUUCAAGUUUGAUCACUGAAACCAUACCUAAUCACCGAGAUUACCAAGUGUCUCUCCAAAGGGAGAAGCUAUUGUAUAGAAAGAAAUUGUUGGAUGUCCUUGAUGAGUUGGAGGCACUAAAGCCUGAUGUACGACGCAAACUUGAAGAUUUGAGCAGUAAAUCCAGAAAUCAGGCAACUAUGUGGGUUCAGCCCAUACAAAAUAUUUCUUUUGAUAAUUCCUUUGUGUGGCCUCCUGCCAAGAAGCAGACAUCAAAAAUCAACGAUUUCAGUCAGGUUCGUGGAGUUGGUGGCUACAAUGGCUUCUCUAGAGGUGGCCUGAAUGGCUUCUCAAGAGGUCCUGUUGCUCAGCAUGAGAAGUUAUCUCAAUCAAAAUUUGAUGACCGAAAAUUUUCUCUGAGUAUACCACGUGCCACGGAGGAGACGCUAUCAAGGCAUUCCAUCUUGGGCCCCAAUGGGCUUCAUGGUGAAUGGCGGCCAACCAUUGUAAAUAGAGAGAUAAAAUAUCCCAGCAAUCUUGAUUUGACUCCAAUCGAGGUUCCAAGCUUGAAUCCACCAACACAAGAAGAACCUGUUGAUGUAAAAAGCAAUGUUGCUUCAGAAAAGGAAAGAUCUGUGCUUGAGGAAGUUCUUUCUUUGCAUGAUGAUGGAUCAUUGGUUAGAGCUGAGGAACCAUCUUCAACAAUUGCCCCAGACAUUGCAGAAGCCCUUAGUACUUUAGAUAUCAUCAAAGAACCUUCUGUUCCACCUGUUCAUGUGCAUGUAGAAGAUUUGAGUACUGCUUUAAGAGCUUCUAAUCCAAGUCUUGGAGAUUCAAUAUCAUUGCAGGAUGAACUUGCCCGCUCAGAAACUCCUUUGGAAGUUCACAUAUCAACAACAAUGAUGGAUAGCUUUAUGAGACUAGCCAAGUCAAACACUGACAGAAAUUUGGAAACUUGUGGUGUUCUUGCGGGUUCACUUAAAAAUAGGAAAUUCUUUGUGACGGCUCUCAUCAUCCCUAAGCAGGAAUCUACUUCUGAUUCAUGCCAGACAACAAAUGAAGAGGAAAUAUUUGACUACCAAGAUAAGCAAUCACUUUUUCCGCUUGGUUGGAUUCAUACUCAUCCUACUCAAUCAUGCUUCAUGUCCUCAAUUGAUGUCCAUACACACUACUCUUACCAGAUCAUGUUGCCUGAAGCCAUCGCAAUAGUUAUGGCUCCAAGAGAUGGUUCAAGGACUCAUGGAAUAUUUAGAUUGACAACUCCAGGGGGCAUGUCAGUCAUCCGGAAAUGCCCACACCGUGGCUUCCAUCCUCAUGAGAAUCCUCCGGACGGCGGCCGUAUCUACGACCAGUGCUCCGAUGUUUAUAUGAACCCAAACCUCAGGUUUGACGUGGUCGAUUUCCGGUGAUCAACGUUGCCUCAUUCUUGUGAAUUUACCACCUUUCACAGUAGCUAUUCAGCAGUAAUUCUCAGUUUUUUGUUGUACAUAACAUCUGAAUUGCUGUUUAAGUGUAAAGUUUCAAAAGGUCCCAGUGACCAUUUAUUUUUUUUUGCUCCACCUGUAAUCUUACAAUGCAAUGACUGCUCUUCACUGAAAGCGCCACAAACCAUGUUGAAUAAACAAUUAUUGGUUUCAUUAUAAAUAUUCCAAGGCUUGUAAUA